UGUCUCCGGGCGGACUGAAAGGGGUGGCUGCAGUGACUGGGAGAAUUUUCUGCAUACAGUCACUGCAGUGAAACGCUUCAUAGUUCAACAUAUACAGGUUAUGGUGCUGGCUGAAAGGCUCAAGCAGAUAAAUCUGGAGCUUACAGCUAAAAAUGCCUGAUUUGAUGGCAGUUCUACAAUGCUCACAGACUGGUUCAGCGGUGAUUAACAUGCAGUUUAUGGAAGGCAGAACACAGGAUGUUCUCUACAUGACUUUGCUUGCUGAGAUCACAUUGUGAAAUCUCCUUCUCUCUCUUUCUCUGUUCUGCGGCAGACGGUUAAUAUGUGGAGCACCUUCCCAGGACUAAGUUCAAUUUGAAAUCCAUAUUCUCAGUAACCACAGUGCCUGUGUCCAGAGAGAAACUAAAGACGUUAAACAGAAUAAGUGGAAGAAUUGCUCCAAAGUAUAAUCUGUUAAAAUGUGGCCUAUCUUAACUCAACUUUUAUUGUACAUUUUCUUCUGCUGGGCAGAGGAUGGAAAAAGAUAUGGGCCAGUUUUUGAAGAGCAACCAAUUGACACUAUUCAUCCAGAAGAAUCUCCCGAUGGCAAAAUUUCAAUGAACUGCAGAGCCAGAGCAAAUCCAACUCCAACUUAUAAGUGGAGACUAAACAACUGGGACAUUGAUCUUCUAAAUCCACGCUACAGUAUGAUUGGAGGUAAUCUAGUAAUCAACAAUCCAGAUAAAUCAAGAGAUACUGGAAAAUAUGUCUGCAUAGUGACCAAUGAAUAUGGAACAAUCAGAAGCCAUGAAGCCAGCCUCAACUUUGGAUAUCUUGACCCUUUCCCUCCUGAGGAGCGACCAGAAGUAAAAGUGAAGGAAGGCACAGGAGUGAUGCUGAUUUGUGACCCUCCUCCACACUUCCCAGAUGACCUUAAUUACAGAUGGAUCCUAAAUGAAUUUCCAAAUUUUAUUAAUGUGGAUAAACGCAGAUUUGUUACCCAGACAAAUGGAAAUUUGUAUAUCGCAAAAGUGGAACAGUCAGACAAAGGAAAUUACUCCUGUUUUGUAUCCAGUCCUUCAAUCACAAAAAGUGUAUUUAGCAAAUAUACUUCACUGUUGCCUCAAUCAGAAUCUGCAAAACGCUAUGCCGCAGAUAUUCAAAUUGGAUUCUCAGAUAUUUAUGCUCUGAAGGAACAAAAUGUGACACUGGAGUGUUUUGCUUUGGGAAACCCUGUACCUGUAAUCAGAUGGCGUAAAUGGAAUGAAGCAAUGCCUGCCACAGCUGAAAUUAGUCAGUCGGGAGCUGUGCUUAGAAUUUUUAACAUACAGCCAGAAGAUGAAGGGACAUAUGAGUGUGAGGCUGAGAACAUUAAGGGGAAAGAUACAAACCGGGCGUAUGUUCAUGUACAAGCUGCACCAGAGUGGGUGGAACAUAUAAAUGAUACAGAAAGGGAUAUAGGUAGUGACCUGCAUUGGCCCUGUAUUGCCAAGGGAAAGCCAACUCCCACCAUUAGAUGGUUGAAAAAUGGGGACUCGUAUGGUAAAGGUGAACUGAAAAUCCGAGGUUUAACCAUGUUCCAUGCUGGAAUGUACCAGUGUAUAGCAGAAAAUCACUAUGGAGUCAUCCAAGCAAAUGCUGAACUGAAGAUCCUUGCUUUAGCACCAACAUUUGAAUAUAAUCCUAUGAGAAAGAAGAUUUUAGCUGCAAAAGGCGGCCGUGUCAUUAUAGAAUGCAAACCAAAGGCUGCACCAAAACCCAAAUUCUCAUGGAGUAAAGGAACAGAACUGCUCAUAAACAAUAGCAGGAUAUCAAUCUGGGAUGAUGGCAGCCUGGAAAUCAUUAAUAUAACAGUUCUUGAUGAGGGAAGCUAUACUUGUUUUGCGGAGAAUGAUAGAGGAAAAGCUAAUAAUACCGGAAUGCUUUCUGUUACAGCUGCCACAAAGAUCACUCUUGCACCAUAUAAUGCUGAUGUGACUGUUGGGGAGAAUGCAUCCAUGCAGUGCCAUGCAUCUCAUGAUUCUGCUCUGGACCUCACUUUUAUCUGGUCUCUAAAUGGCUUUGUGAUCGAAUUUGAUGAUGACAGCAACCACUACGAAAGACAUGUUAGGAGCGAUGUUGGCAGUGAACUUAUUAUCAGAAAUGCACAACUCAAGCAUGCUGGAAGAUAUACUUGUAUUGCGCAGACCAUUGUGGACAACUCUACUGCAUCAGCUGACCUGGUAGUCAGAGGUCCUCCGGGUCCUCCUGGUGGUAUUAGAGCAGAAGAAAUAAAAGACACAACUGUGAAACUUACAUGGAGUAGUGGAACAGACAAUCACCAGCCAAUUUCUAAAUAUACUAUUCAAGCACGGAGUUCAUUAACAGAAGAGAUGAAGGCUAGAAAUGCAUUGUCAGAUGAAUGGAAGGAUGUAAAGACAGAGAUUUCUAAUAUUGAAGGAAAUAUGGAGUCAGCGAGGUUAAUAGACUUAAUUCCAUGGAUGGAUUACGAAUUUCGUGUAAUAGCAACCAAUACAUUAGGAACUGGUGAACCUAGUUUACCAUCACCAAAAAUUAAAACAGAUGGAGCUGCUCCAAAAUAUGCUCCUUCAGAUGUUGGGGGCGGAGGUGGAACUAAUCGAGAACUUACAGUGACAUGGACACCUUUAGCAAGUGAAUAUCAUUAUGGUGAUGGAUUUGGAUACAUUGUUGCAUUUAAACCAUUUACUGAAAGAGAAUGGAGAAAAGUGACAGUUACCAACCCUGAGAGUGGUCGAUAUGUUCACAAGGAUGAUACUAUUACACCAGCUACACAGUUUCAAGUAAAGGUUCAAGCCUUUAAUAGAUGGGGAGAAGGUCCAUUCAGUAGCACUGCUACCAUUUACUCUGCAGAUGAAGCACCCACAGAAUACCCUACAGGUGUGAGGGUAGUAGUGCUCUCCUCCUCUGAAGCCAGUGUGUCUUGGCAGCCAGUAAUUGGACAAACUGUCACAGGUUACCAGGUCCGGUACUGGCGCAUUCAGGACAAAGAAGCAGCAGCCCACAGACUACAAGUUGAAACCUUAGAAACCAUCAAACUGGAAGGAUUAAUGCCCAAUACUUACUAUAAACUAGAUGUUUGUGCAUUCAACAGUGCAGGGGAUGGGCCUAAAAGUCAUACUACAGAAUUUGAGACUAAGAAAGCACCUCCUAGUCAGAUACCUCGAAUCAUUAGUGCUGUGAAGUCUGGAUCUCAAUAUAUUAUCACUUGGGAACAUGUGACACCAUUAUCCAAUGAAUCUGCUGUUAACGGAUAUAAAGUUUUGUACAGGCCAAAUGGACAAAAUGAUGGUAAGCUGUAUUCAACUGGGCAUCAUUCAGUAGAGCUACCAGUUCUAAAGGAAGGAGACUAUGUUGUGGAAGUUCGGGCCCACAGUGAAGGAGGAGAUGGUGCUGUGGCUUCCAUCAAACUUUCUACUAGUGACACAGCAGGAAUAUUACCCAGUAUUCUUGGUAUACUGCUACCAACAUUUGGCCUCCUGUUUUACCUUGAAUUCUGAAUGUAGGUCUGAGUGCAGUGUACUCGCUUCUCAUCUCUGGAGGAUACCAUCAUUCUCUGACUAUUGUAAUAACAUCUUAAGCCAAAAAAAAGAAAAAAAAAUUAUAAACCUAUAUAUACCCAACAGAGUUAUUAUGAACUUUAAAUAGGAAUUAAGGCAUUCAGGAACUCCUCCAAGGAAUUGUUUUCAAGGAUAAUAGAUCAUUUUUAACUUGUUCCAAUAUGCCUUAUGAAACACUUUCGCCAAUCUGUGACAGUUGCAUGAUCAAACGGGGCAAGUUACAGUGUUAAAUUACAAUAACUUAGACUGUACAGUGGAAUUAAAGUCACCAUCCAUAGGUGAUUCAACUUUAAUAACAAAUUGUGAAAUAUAAUAGAGUUACAAAUGUUGUAUAUGGUAUGUGUAAGAGUAACUACAUCUGUCUGUAUUAACUGUUUUGUAUGCUGCAUAUUUUUGUUAUUUUUAUUCGAGCCUUGGUGAGGCCUCUGGACCGACAGUCAGAUCAAAAACAGUCAUUGUAAUAGACAGAACUUCUUCAACAAAUGAAUGUAGAUUCAGUAUGCUGAAUAUGACAACUGAAUAUAAGAACUCUGAAAUGUACACAUAUCACUGAGUGGUUUCAGGUGCAGGCAUGGGAUAAAAUCCAGAGUGAUCUAUUUCCAUUAUGUGAAAUUUUGCACAUGCAGUUGUUUUGACACGGUGUAAAUAGUGCAAUAAAUGGCCCACUUAUGAAUGUAAAGUAUAUUUAUAGCAAAUAAGCUGUGCUUAGGAAAAGUAGUAAACAUUAAAAUAUUUCAAAGCACCAAGAUAUAUUAUAGGAAAACACAUGAAUCCAUGUGAUUAAUACAAUAAGAUAUUUUUAGGAGCAUGGGAACACUGGAAUUAACAGGUAUCAAGGAUUGACACUGAAGCAUUAAUAUACAUUGUCUCUAACAAUAGAUUGGAGAAUAGUACAGGAGAAACACUUUUCCAAAACAGUGGACAUACUUCCUGCCAACGUUGCAUGUACAAAACACACAAAAAAAUAAUGAUGAACGUUGAUGCAAUGGAAAUUGGAAGUAUUGUCCACAGCAGCCAAUCAAGUCUGACUUAUUUUUUAAAGAAAAUUCUAGCCAUGUUGGGUAUGGUUAUUCUAUUGGAACAUCACCGUUAACAAUUGCAUUACUAUCAAUAAAUAUUUGAAUCUGUUUGAUAAAUCUUUUAUUUAUUUCAAUAAGGUUAACACAGGUGGCUCCUAAAGAGAAAACAUUUUAAAAAUGUAAUUUAUAAAGUAUAUAGCUAUAGCAAAACAUAAUGCAUAUGUUGCAAGAAAUAAAAAAAGCUAGCGGUGCUUUUACAACACCCAUUGCUGGCAAUGGGAUUCCCCAAACCUUACAUUCAAAACACUAUUUCAGAUGAAGCAAGCCAACCAGCUACAUAUAUAAA